AAAACUCGUCCCUCGAAUGGCUAAUGCGAUUCGCUUGGCGAAUUAUUACGAGACAAAGGAAAAACGCCCGCUAGGAUUUCAUGCUCGCUGUAAACGACUUUAGUAAUGUGUUGGACAGUUUUCGCCAAUUUUCAUAAUGCCAAGAUAAUACUCUGGAAAUAGAGAAAAUUCAACGAUGCAGGACAUCUGUGAGAAUAUUCGAACGGCAAUUGAGCAUGGACGAACCGAUAUUAUCAGAUCUCUCUUGGACGCAUGUGAAAAUGGAAAUGCUGGAGAUGGAGUUACAAGGGAAAAAAUAUUGAAUCAACCUGUUUUAGAAGAUGGAACAUUCCUCUUAUAUGCUUCCAAAACAAAUCAACCUGAUGUAGUUCGGACUUUGUUAAGUUACGGAGCAGAUCCAUCUGUACAAAAUUCACAGGGACAAAAUGCAGUUGAUGUGGCUUCCACUGAAACAAUGCGCCAGAUUUAUGUAGAAGAAUUACUAAGAGCAACAGCUGCAUCUAAAGUGAGUAGAGUAAUUCAGUUGCUUGCCACUGGUAUAGAUAUUAACUCAUGGGAUUCCGAAGGUAGUAAAAAUACACCACUUCAUUGGGCAGCUUGCUAUGGUAACAAGGAUAUUGUCGCUUGUCUUAUAGAUCGUGGGGCAGAUGUUAAUGCAGAGAAUGGAUGUGGUGCCACACCUCUGCAUGAUGCAGUGAAUCGAGGGGAUGUUGCUAUUUGCCAAGAAUUAUUGCAAUCUGGAGCUAAUCCUCUUGUGCAUGCAGUAAAAGGAACGUUCUCCGGAAAGUCACCUUAUGAUCUCUCUCGUAAUAAACCCCAUCUUCAGUGUUUACUUCAAGGAUUUCUUCCUAGUAACUUUAGUAGAGAGUCCGAAGCCAUGCAUAGCCCUCCCGUCCAAUUUGCAGAAACAAAUUUCUCUCAGAAAUCUCUUUCCAAUAACAUUAGUCAACUCUCCGUCGAUUUGAACAAGUCGUCAGAUCAAGCAUAUGACAUUCCAACAAGAGAAUCAUGUGGCUCUGAAAGUCCUCUUGGGGCAGCAAUGGAGAGAGAUGGAAUAUACAAUUUAAUUUGGCCAGUGCCAAAGACCAUUAUUGAGUUCAACACACUUUCGGGACCAUUCAUUGCUGGGAAGGAACUUUUCAUAUCCAUCAUCCAAGGAAGUGAAUCUAUACACAGGAUAUUAGAUGUAUGGGAAGUUAGUAGAACACACCUUCUGGAUUUGGGUCACGACGUAAAAAUUGGAGAAGUUCAGCCAGGUUCGGGCAGACUUCCAGAAGAUAACAGAAUAGAAUGCAUUGUUAACAAGAAGCUAUUCAAUUGUCCAGAAGGCUAUCAGUUGCAUAUAUCCCAAUCAUCGAUUAAAAUUAGUGCCGGUAGCUUAGCUGGACUCCACUAUGCAGUUUGUACCCUGGUGCAAAUUCUGCGGUUAAGCAAAAAUCCUAACACAGAAGUGUGCGAAAUUGAUUCAGUGCUGAUAAAAGACGAACCUAGGUUUGUUCAUCGAGGAGUACUCCUCGACAUUUCUCCGAAAGGCCGAAUUCCCAACAUUGAGUAUUUACUCCACACAAUAGAUCUGUGGUCUUCCUUCAAAAUAUCGCACCUGCAUCUCUAUUCUAGAUUAACUCUAACCUGCGAGUGGCAGCUUUGUUACUCAAGAUCUGAAAUGGUCACUAUUGAUCGCUACUGCAAAGAACGUCACUUGGAUUUAGUGCCAGUGCUAGACGUUGAUUCCAAUGUAAGUCAACGGCACCUGGGUCAAAUGUGGCCAGUGUUCCAAGAAUUAUUAGCAACCUUUCCAAGCUUAAGCUACGUCCACGUGGGACCAAGAUUGGCAAGUCUGCUGGUCCAGCCGGAAAGCCUUGACUCCAGUUUCUCAAUAAAUGAGACUGUGGAAACAGACAUGUCUGAAGUCUUCAAGUCAUAUUCUUCUCUUCAAGAAUUGUGGCAUAUUCUCAAUCUGAGCACUAACACUACUCUAUUGCUCUGUUCUAAUGGCCUGCAUUCUAAACCAGAGUUUCGAAGUGUACCCAUUAACGUCAUCCUUGUUGAAUAUGGUUUUCAGGCUGAUUACGAUUUUUCAGAAUGGACGGAGACAUUCCGAAUCGCUGGUGGAAAUGUAUUGCCUAGCUCUGGUACUGCGAGUUACAAUAGUCUUGCAGGUUGCCCUGCUUCAACUUAUGCUAAUACAAGAAAUGCUGUAAAAACUGCUGCGGAACAGAGUUCCAUAGGAAUAUUAAUUGCUCAUUGGUCUGGUAGCCAUCAUUUGACUCCCCAUACAUUCGCUUGGGUGGGAUAUUUGAUCGGAGCUGGUUUAGCUUGGAAUCCAAAUACUGAAAUUGAUGUGGUGCCUUUCGAUGGCUUUGAGCUUCGUUCAAGCAGAUUACAGCACCAGCGGUCUUUGAUCAAAUUACUGGAUAUUCAUGUCUUCCAAGACUCUGAGCACAAAAUAGGAAGUGCGAUCAUAGAAUUGGGACGUGUGGACACUUUAGUUCUCACCUUGAGCAAGAACCAAGGGACAAACGACUUGAAACAGAUUCCGGAUAAUCGAGGAUCUACACUCUACAGAUUGCUAACCGAUCCAAAUAACGUCAACUUGGAGUUUCUGUCAGCUGAUUUAUUUGCGAAAAUGACGAAGCAGAUUAAGCGAGUGUCGCAUUCCUUGUACGAGGGGAAUCUCGCAUCGAAAUUUGCUUCAAUGGAGGUGCAAGAACUCCAGUUGACAGCUGAUCUGAUGUUGACAGCUUGUCGAAUCGGUAGAACUUUAAUGGGCGUCGGAGUGAAUCCUAAUAGUAACAUGGGCCUUGCAGUCAUCAACUUGGGCGUGUGCAAUUUACCACCUACGUUCAGGACUGACAUAGCAAAUAAAAUGCUGGCACACAUCGAACAGUAUAAAGGUGCAUGGUUACAGAGGCACUUGCCACAAGGCCUGCAGAGUUCAUUACUAGUGUUGACCAGUGCUCUGCACAGAUUUGUCCCAGAGCCUUGAGUUAUCGUCAUCUAGACUAUACAGUUCCUACGAGGUAAAGCAAUGUAAACGUCACAGAGAAUAUUACCCUAAUCUAUGAAACACUUGAGAAAAAUUUACGAAAUCCUGAAGCAACUCUGUUUUUUAAUUGACAAGUUAACCAGCUGUUAUAAAAAAUUAUUUGAGACGUCGACAACUCACAGUUCACCAUGGGAAUUGAUGCAUCUUACCCAAUGCGGUAUUAUUUAUUAAAGACUGUUAAGUAGGUAAACUUUAAAAAGCAAGCAAAGAUUGUACAGCGGUACGAAGCCUUUAUGUACAAAUUAGUAAUGAUAGAUACAACCUAAUUAGUAUUAAAGGAUUCGAUCCGUGUUAAGCAAAACAGUGAUGUUAAUACUUUGACAAAGUAAUAUUAUUGGAUCGGUACAGUCAACAUGUACGUUUAGAUGGAACACUCAUAGAUGUGUUCACAGCUUCAGUAUUUUGUUUAGUAAUUUUCGAUUGUAUAAAUAUACUGAAGAGGGUAAUCUUAAACAUUAUUACUGAUUACUGAAUAAAAAGGUAGGACUAUCAAUGUAUAAAGACUAAUUAGUAGAUCCGCAGCAUUUAGUGCGUAGAAAAUAUUCUUUUUUAAGCAAUCCAUAUUGGCCGUUUACUGCUUUGUAAGGCAAUUUUAGCGAUGGAACGCAAAAUAUAGUCUGAGAAACGAUA